AUGGUACCGACACAGAGUAUGGACUAUUGGCCUGGAACAGCACAACACCUCAGCUUUCAUGAUGUACAAAUUGUGAAUGCGAUGUAUAAGUGUAAAGAGAAGUGUGCUAACGUUGAUUGCCCAAAGGGUGCAUUUGUGGGUAAAAACUGCGAAUGUUUCUGCCAAGGACCUAUCAAAGAUCCGGUUCAACGAUGCAACCACCCGAAAGUGUUCUGUGAAGCCCCGGAUAUUGACUUGGACAUCUACUAUGUUUUCUCAGAAGACAGAAAAGCACUGCUGAGAGUUCUGUCUGGAACCUCGUACCCGGACGGAACUGUUCUCAUAGUGGAGGAUCAACGUUGCUCCAAACAUGAAACCGGCAAUUUUACCUGUAAAAACGGCCGAUGGGUAGGCAAUGUUAACUGCAAACCAGAUCGCUGUGUGUACAACACGUCCCGAUACGACUUCACACCGAGCAUUACUGCGGACGAAAGAACGGAAUACGUCAACUCAGGAACAAUCGUGCACGUCAAGUGCGUAUCUCCGAAUGCGAUCCCAGGUUAUGAUUCUGAAUGCACAGAUUCCCUUUGGAUCCCAGAAUUGCCGAAUUGCGAUGCAGCUUUAAAAUGUCCGGAUGUCUCCUACAUUGCGGAUGGCAUAUCUCACCAGGUAAUCUGGAAGAAUCCUGAGAACACAUACCAGAGUGUUAUUAGAUACGGCUGCGACGUAGCGCGAUUAAGUGUAGGAAAAAAAGGACUUGACGUCAUAUUCCUAAUGGACACGUCAUCGAGCUUCGGUCCUGCGUCUCUGGAACUGGCAAAAGAAUUUACGAAAAUGAUUGUCAAUAUCUAUGGAGUUUCAGCUAGUGCUGACGGAGGAAAUGGGACCAGGUUUGCCUUGAUAACGUUCGACCAUUUUGCUAACCUCUUUUUCAACUUGGAUGAUUCAACUGUGAGGAGUGUUGAUGCGGUAAUCAAAAAGAUAAACGAAAUAAAGAGUACAGAUGGUGGAAAAUGUCUUAUAAAUGCACUAGACUUGGCACAUGACAAGAUUUAUUUUCGAAAACUGCAUAGAGAUGUCGCAAGAGAAGUUCCAGACACAAAUCGAGCCGUCUUUAUUUUGACCGAUUCUGCAAUAGACACUUGCCCCAAGACAAUACACUUCAUACGAAGAUAA